CAGAGCACGUAGUUGAAGAGUCCAAGACAUGUGGCAAAAUUCUUGUGAUUUUGUCAUGGAUAGUCGUCGUUUUGACUAUGCCGUUCUCUCUCAUGGUUUGCUUCAAGGUGGUCCAGGAAUAUGAACGUGCAGUCAUAUUCCGUUUGGGACGUCUUCUAUCGGGCGGAGCAAAAGGACCAGGAAUAUUCUUCAUUUUGCCGUGUAUCGAUGCCUAUGCGAGGGUUGACUUAAGGACGAGGACCUACGACAUUCCUCCGCAAGAGGUCCUGACGAAGGAUAGCGUUACAGUCUCCGUGGAUGCCGUUGUCUACUACCGGGUAUCAAAUGCCACUGUGUCGAUCGCUAACGUGGAAAAUGCGCAUCAUUCCACAAGACUUCUCGCCCAGACCACCCUAAGGAAUAUCAUGGGCCAGAGACCACUCCACGAAAUUCUCAGUGAACGUGAAAGCAUUUCUCAACACAUGAAAGCACUUCUCGACGAGGCAACUGACUCUUGGGGCAUUAAUGUGGAACGGGUUGAGAUUAAAGACGUACGCCUACCAGUUCAGCUACAAAGAGCAAUGGCAGCUGAAGCAGAAGCAGCAAGAGAAGCCCGCGCCAAAGUUAUCGCUGCCGAAGGAGAACAGAAAGCUUCCAGAGCUUUACGAGAAGCUUCGGAAGUAAUAGGCGAUUCACCAGCUGCUUUGCAACUUCGUUAUCUUCAGACCCUGAAUACCAUAUCUGCUGAGAAGAACUCUACUAUAGUGUUUCCUCUGCCAAUUGAUAUGCUCACAUACUUUAUGAAAGCAAAGGAAGCCGCAGAAAAUAAAUAGUGUUUCAUAUUUCAGAGUAUAAUAUAAUUAAUAUUAAGUUGUUAACAUUACCUCCUAAGUUUUAUAUCACACAAAACAUCGAUUUUAGAGUUUGCCAAACACCCAAAUUUCUAGCACAUACUUGCAUUGUGUAAAUGUAGGUUUAUUACAUCUGAAUGUAUUUUGAAACUAGUAAGUAGUCCUUUAAAUUGUAAGUAUAUAUUAAGUAAUGUGUUGAUUGUGAAAUCUCUUGCAAGUAUCAAUAAAGAAGGCCAUAAGAGACACUA